AAUUUAUUGUCCUUUGGGGCCGUAGACCCUAUGUUGGACAUAGCCCUAUUCAGCGCUGCUCCAGGGCCAUAGGCUACCAUAGGGCAGACAUCAUUAAUCAGUAAGCAGAUUUUAUUUUAUCACACCACGCCGCUAUACGAUAUGCUGGUUAAUUGGUGCUUGCCAUGUGGUGGGGUCCUAACGGCUCGAUCACUGACUUGCUCUAACUCAUCACCUUGGCCUUGGGCAAUGCUUACGAUCAUUUUCAGGCACAUAUCGAUCACGAUCCUCGGGAUAUCUGAGUGCUUCUACGAGACGGCAGCAGAAAUUUCUGACAUCAUACCGACUCGAUCGGCCUCUAGGUUGAUUCAUGCAGCACGGUAUAGCCUAUAUUCUGCCAGCGCAAUCCAGCGCAACCCGUCAUUGAUCCCGUCAAUUAAAUUCGAUGGAACUGAAACUGACUACAGCCACGUUGUCGAGGGAAAUGGCCAAUAUAAAAUGCGACAAGAGUCGCAAGAUAGACUAACAUAACUUAAAGUUAGACUGUCCAACUACUGCUAUCUAUCAUGCGACUUUUUGCAUGCUUCGCCAUCUGUGCUGCAUUGACCACCUCGGUUCUCUCAGAUAACGGGAACCCGGACGCCACCGAGAGCGUGACUUUCGCGAUCUACGAAUCUCCCACACCCUUCCCCCUUAUCGUUGAAUUAUAAUAGGGGAGCAGCUGCACCUGAAACCGACCGGAACAUCCUCAUUUUAAAAUUGUAAUUGCGGUUUGCAUAAACAGAGUGUGGGACUACAUUUUGGCCAGUGUGUAGUUGGAGCGUAUGGUUGUCGGUGUUAAUGGAAAGCAGAAUGUGAACGAGUCAAAUGACU